AUGGCUUGGGCCGCCCGGCUCCGCGGCGCGGCCCCGCGCACCCUCCUGCUCCCGCUGCUGCUGCUGCUGCUCCCGCCGCCGCCGCUGCUGGCCCGGGCCCCGCGGUCGCCGGAUGCCCACCGCCGCCACCCAGUGAGGAGGGGUCCACAGCCCUGGCGUGAAGCUCCUCCCAGCAGCCCAGCAUCUGCCCCGACCGCUCAGGAGGCCCCUCAGCCUGCCGCCGGCCCCAGACCUCCCCGCUGCGGCGUGCUUGACCUGCUGGACGGGCCGAGCGCCCACAACCGACAAAAGCGGUUUGUGCUGUCGGGCGGGCGCUGGGAAAAGACGGACCUCACCUACAGGAUCCUCCGGUUCCCAUGGCAGCUGGUGCGGGAACAGGUGCGGCAGACGGUGGCAGAGGCCCUACAGGUAUGGAGUGAUGUGACGCCACUCACCUUUACCGAGGUGCACGAGGGCCACGCUGACAUCAUGAUCGACUUCACCAGGUACUGGCAUGGGGACAACCUGCCAUUUGAUGGACCUGGGGGCAUCCUGGCCCAUGCCUUCUUCCCCAAGACCCACCGAGAAGGGGAUGUCCACUUCGACUAUGACGAGACCUGGACAAUCGGGGACAACCAGGGCACAGACCUCCUGCAGGUGGCAGCCCACGAAUUUGGCCAUGUGCUCGGGCUGCAGCACACGACAGCUGCUAAGGCCCUCAUGUCCCCUUUCUACACCUUCCGAUACCCGCUGAGCCUCAGCCCGGAUGACCGCAGGGGCAUCCAGCACCUCUACGGCCGGCCUCGACUAGCCCCCACCUCUAGGCCCCCAGACCUGGGCCCCGGGGCCGGGGUGGACACCAACGAGAUUGCACCACUGGAGCCAGAUGCCCCACCAGAUGCCUGCCAGGUCUCCUUUGAUGCGGUCGCCACCAUCCGCGGCGAACUCUUCUUCUUCAAGGCAGGCUUUGUAUGGCGGCUGCGCGGGGGCCAGCUGCAGCCCGGCUACCCCGCGCUGGCCUCGCGCCACUGGCCGGGGCUGCCCACCUCCGUGGAUGCAGCCUUCGAGGAUGCCCAGGGCCACAUCUGGUUCUUCCAAGGGGCUCAAUACUGGGUAUACGAUGGUGAGAAGCCAGUCCUGGGCCCCGCGCCCCUCUCUGAGCUGGGCCUACUGGGGCCCCUGGUCCACGCCGCCCUGGUCUGGGGCCCCGAGAAGAACAAGAUCUACUUCUUCCGAGGCGGAGACUACUGGCGCUUCCACCCCAGCACCCGCCGUGUGGACAGCCCUGUGCCCCGCCGGGCCACCGACUGGCGAGGGGUGCCCUCUGAGAUCGACGCUGCCUUCCAGGAUGCUGACGGCUAUGCCUACUUCCUGCGCGGCCGCCUCUACUGGAAGUUUGACCCUGUGAAGGUGAAGGCCCUGGAGGGCUUCCCCCGCCUCGUGGGCCCCGACUUCUUUCGGUGUACCGAGCCUGCCAAUACUUUCCACUAA